AUGAAGAUUCCCACAAUAGAAGUAAAACAUAUAUGUCAUGAAAAUGAUAAAAUCACAUCAUUGAUAGACCCUGUCAGUAUAAAGAGAAAUUCUCCAAUAAUAAGUAGUUCAAAAGUCUUUAAAAGAACAAGAGACAAUGACAAUAACGUUAUAACUCAAAAACACGAUGAUAAUAAAAGAAGAAAAAUUCUACAAAAGAAUGAUUUAGAUAAGAAACAUAGAACAUUAAUUAUGGUUAGUGAAUACAAUGAAGAUAUCUUUAAGUAUCUUUACAAUAGAGAAAAACAAAUUGGUUCUACAUUUAAUUAUAUGAAGGAUGAAGAAUCUCCUUAUAAUUUUGGACCUUCAAUGAGAGCUAUCCUAAUAGAAUGGCUUAUUGAAGUACAUGAAAAAUUUCAUUAUGUUCAAGAGACUUUAAUAUUAGCAAUCGCUAUAAUGGAUAAAUUUUUAUCUCAAAAUAUUGUAACAAUGUCAAAAUUACAAUUAUUAGCUGUUACAUCAUUGUUUAUUGCAUCAAAAUUUGAAGAAAUUAAUUUACCAAAAUUAUCAAAUUUUGCAUACAUUACAGAUGGUGCAGCAUCAAUUAAUGAUAUUAAAAUUGCAGAAGCAUACAUUCUCAAAUCAUUAAAAUUUGAUAUUUCAAUUCCAAAUCCAUUGAAUUUUUUUGCUAAACCAACUGAAAACUUAAACAAAAAAUUAGAUAAAAAAACGAUCAUCAUUGCAAGAUACUUAUUAGAACAUAUAUAUUGUUGUCCACACUUCAUAGAUUUAAAGCCUUCACAAACAAGUCAAUUGGCCCUGUUUCUAGCAAGAGAAAUUAAUGCUAACUCUUCCAACAAAGACGUGGUUCCACCAUCUAAGGAUAAUAAACAAUUUUGGAACUCUUAUGAAAUAUUAGUGCAAGAAAUUUCAAAACCUUCUACUAAUUUAAAUGUAUUAUUUGAUAAGUACAGAAGUGAAAAAUACCACAACGUAUAUGAAGAAGUUACAGAAUGGUGUAGCAAGAAACCAUUAUAG